AUGCCGUUCUUUCAAACAACUACACGUGGUGACCUCAACAUAAUGUUUCAUGGCAGAAACAAACAGCACCCGCUUUAUACACAACCUUUUUCUUCCUUAAUUUAUCAUGAAUGUAUACAGCAAAUAUGCUCUCCUACUAGUGACAGGAACACCCUUGACUUGUAUUUAAG